CUGUUGAAGGCGCGCCUUGUAAACUGAAGACCGCAGUAAGGUAAUCACAGGGAGUAUGGGCGAUAAAUUUCAGGAUUUUACGCCAAAUUUAUGGCAACACAGCUGAGAUUUCUGUAGGACUUUCGCCACCAGUGAAACCUCCGAUGGCUGAGAAGGUAGACUGGGUUGAGAUAAUUGAGCCCCGGACCGGGGAACCCAUGUAUGCUAAUCUCAAAAGUGGCCAGUGUUUAUGGGAACCUCCAGUUGGUGUCCGAGUUAAGAAGGCUAAUGACAGCCAGUGGUGGGAAUUGUACGACCAGAAAACACGCCGUUACUAUUACUACUGUGCUGGGACGCAGACUACAGUUUGGCGUAAACCAAAAGAUUCAGAGAUCAUCCCUCUUGCCAGACUACAGACACUGAAAGCAAGGGAAAAGCGCAGAGCUGCCAAAGCCAAAGAAUUGGAGAGGAGGGAAGGUUCAUCUAGACGUGAAGGUUCUGACAGAAGGAAAAGGGAUGGAAGUCUUAGAAAAGAUGGUGCAAGUAACCAUGGUGAUGGUUCAUUACUGAGAAGAGAAAGCAGUGGGAGAAAGGAUGGAGUGACAAGAGAAGGUUCAUCGUCACGGCGGCAUGGGAGCAGAGAAAAGAGAGAAAGAACAAGCUCAAGAGAACAUAGGAGACAUGGUGCUGAGGCUACUGCACAGCCAAGCCGUGCUAAUGAAACUACCCUGGAGGAUGCUGCGCCAGUAGAAAAUGGAACAGAGAGUAAGCCUGCUGACGACAAUACAACUGAGGCUGUUGACGGAGUUUCUCAGGAAGCCGGCGAAGAUGCAGCAUGUGCUGCUGAGAAUGACUUAGAUAAGCGUAAGUCACCUGAACUUCCAAUACCAGAGCUUCCAGACAUGCAGGACAUACCCUUACCUGAUGAUGAAGACAAAAAAGAGAUUGGAACAGAUGACGAGGGACAGUCCACACCAUCAGGGACUUUAUCACGACAUGGCAAUCCAGAUGACACCUGUGAGGACCACCUCAGUCCAUCAGGGACCAUCGAGAGAGCAAGACAAGCAGUGGAAAGUGCAUCCAGGUGCAUUUUAGCCAACAGAGCUGCAGCGCAGAAGAGAGAAGAUGACUCUGUUUUCGUUGAGAGUGGAAAAUCGAUUGCCACUAACAAACAAGGACUCCAAGAUAGUCUGGACGACUCUCUGAGUAUAAAACUGAGAGCAGGAGGCAUGCCAGCCACUACAGCAAGGCUAGUGGAGGCAUGUGCUCCACCCUCCCUUAAUGAGAGCCAACUGAGUAUUCGAUCACUCAGGCAUCAUCGGCAAGUGAGCGACAGUGUACUCAAGGACCUGAGACGUGACGACGACGAAGAUGAUGAUGACGAUGACGAAGCGCAGGAGACAAAGUCAGUGGGAACACCAAGUACUUUGCCACGGCUUAGUCGACCAUCUUCUACUGCUUCACCAGCUACAGGACCAUCUAAACACAGUACCUUGGAACGUUCACAUUCCAUCCCUGGUUCCAAGCCUCCGUUGAUACGAGCUCUUGGUGCAUAUGAAGAGUAUUUUAGUCAUCACAAGAAAGGUGUCUUUAGACGGAAAAGAAUUUCUUUAGCAAGCAUGCUGUCCUGGUCAAAGGAAAACUCGGAAACGUUUGACUUGAAACAUUUGAUCACUUUCAGAGAGAGUUUACGAUGUGGUUGGGAGCUCAUGGCUAUCUGCCUCUCUCUGUUUCCUCCCUCGACUAAGUUCUACUCGUACUUGGAUGGUUAUAUCAACAAACACUUCCAAGAUGCUGAUUGGAAGGAGAUUCCCGUGAUUCAGUAUGCCCGACAUUGUUCUGUUAGACUCAAGAGAGUCUCUAGAACUGGUGCUAAGAGAGGUCUGAGAAAACCCAGUAUUGAGGAAAUUCAACAGGCUAAAUCGUCUGUUUUUCACCCGUCCAUGUUUGGUGCUACUCUGGAUGACAUCAUGGAGUCUACUGAAAAAUGCGUCAACAACUGCGACGAUCUUACAGUUGCCGUGGCACUCGCGAUGGCUCUUCCUGAAGUCAACAGACUUGUACUUUCGUAUCUUAUUAGGUUUUUACAGAUAUUUUCCCUUCCCGACAUGUGCGCUGUGACAAAAAUGGAUGUGAAUAACUUGUCGAUGGUGUGGGCGCCCAAUUGCCUUCGCUGUCCCUCAGAUGAUCCUAAGGAAAUCUUUGAGAACACGCGGAGAGAAAUGACUUUUAUGAGAACUCUGUUACGAAGCCUGGAUACAUCGUUUAUGGAAGGCGUUCGCUGACAAACAAACGUGUUAGCGACCACUUCAACAACAACAGUAACGACAAGAACGAACCGUAAUUCUGAAAAGAACGAUUUCAAUUCAGUGAGAGAGGAGUAACCUCUAUUUUCAGCCUGGUUAAGCGAAGUUACUUCCUUCUGCCGGAUCGAAUGCAAGCAAUUACGGAACAUUAUUGACACCAACUUUGCAUUCCUUUCGGUGCGUCGAGACGGUUUUAUCGUGACGUUUGUGAGGUUCCUGUUGUUGUUCGGGAAAGGGGUGGGGCAAUAGCAGAAAAGCCUGCGAUAAAAGGUGAACGAAACAUUGUACAUAUGAAUAAAGCUCCAGAUGUUGUAGAAAUUGUGGUGGCUGGUUGAUAAGGGAGUUUACAGGGUGUCUUUGCUCAGUAUGCGCGAACUGAUUUAGCCUGCGAUUAGACGUUCUUUUUUCCGGCGGCGAACGGGAAAGGAGUG